UCAAGAGAAAGAGGAAGGCAUCGACAGACGUUCAUUGGACUCGAAAUUGUUUCCGGCAUACGAAGCUGGUGACCUCGUUGCAGACCGAUUUGGAUUAUCUGACUCGGAACAUGCACCGAACCUACUACGGUCGCGCGGGCUACGCUUUAAAGGUCUUCAUCCCGACCGUUCUAGUAAAUUUCCACUAUAUCGUUCUCCUCCUCACGGCCUGGACUUUUCAACAAGAAUGCAUUUGGGUGGAAUGGGCGCACAGAUUGGUGACAGUUUCAGAGGCGAUUUACGCACACAACCCCCAGUGAUGUCUCUACUGAAGGACGAUAUACGAGACUCCAUGGCGUUCGCGGAUCCUAGUUUUGGACAAAGUAACUGGGUGUUGGAUCCUCGGUCAAAUUCUCUUCGCUGGACUGAUGCCAAUCUCGUUACUGUGUUUCAACCGACAUUGCCCGAAUUCGGACACCGAUCGUCUGUUAUGACCGGAGUAUUUCCUCCCGUGGAUGACAAGCGACCUGACACUGGAUAUAUUGUUACUCCAAAUGACUUGGUGAU